AUGAUAUACACCACCCUGCUCGUUCUCAUUCAAAUUUCCGCACGCUAUGCCACGAAUCUUAUGGACCCGAAAGACUAUGCCGAAGUGUUAUCAGACCCGCAGCAAGUUAGCGAUCGCAUCUACGGAAGCAAGAUCGUAAUUGGCUUGGAACAGUGCAUGUUGGUCUCGACAUGGGGCGUCAAGACAUGUAUGCUGAUUCUAUACUGGAGGAUUACGCAGAACCUCCGCUCCAACUUGUACAUCAAAAUCCUUUGUGUGUAUGUGGCACUCGGCUUCGUCGUUAUCAUGAUCACCUACUACGGAGUGUAUUGUCGGCCAUUUAGCCAAUAUUGGGCGAUGCCAGUGCAAAACAUGCAGUGUGCGACCUACCAGUACUACUCGAUCACCCAAGCGGUUUUCAACAUCUCGUCGGAUGCGAUGAUGUUCGCUGUUCCGAUUCCACUCCUCGUCAAAGCUCAGCUCAAGCGACGCCGGAAGGUCUUACUUCUGGGUGUCAUGAGUCUGGGCCUGUUUACCAUUAUCGCCGCUAUCCUCAACAAGUAUUUCAAUUUUGCCUCUCCUCUCACCACCACUUAUCAAAUCUGGUACAUCCGUGAAGCAAGUACCGCGAUCUACGUCGCAAACUUGAUGUGUUGGUGGCCUCUAUUGCGCAAGCUGUUCGGACUCAAGGCCUUCUCGUACAACAGCAACCGCGGCAACAGACCUCGAAACCCAAACAAUCAGAAUAAGGACGCUAGUGGCUAUUCCGAAGCCUCACGAUCUCGACCAUCCGUCUCCCUUCCCUGUCCAUUGAAAUUCAUACCAGGCUUCCGCCAUGCAGGCCAGAACGCUCAUAAUGGAAGCCAAAGAGAUACGAAUCGCUCCAGCCAGGAGGCUAUUACGCACGCUUCGCAUGAUUAUAUGGAGGAAAUUCAUCAAAUUGAUGGCGUUGCACUGGAAGCCUGGAAUGGCAAGGGCAAGCAGAAUAUCGAUAUUGAAGAACAAAAAGGGACUAGUCAGGAUUCCAUUACGGUGUUUGAGACGGAUCCAAAGACCUCGUCUCGACAGGACCAUGUUCACAAGGUGACAUGA